AUGGCUAAAGCAACUGAUCUCACUCUUUUGCUCCUGCUCUUCUGCUUCAGUUCAGAAAUUUUGGUCAUGGUAAAUGGGGAGAAAACUUGGUGUGUGGCUAAACCUUCAACAGACCAAGCAACGCUUUUAGCGAAUCUGAAUUUCGCAUGCUCUCACGUAGAUUGUCGGAUUCUUCAAGGUGGAUGUCCAUGCUCCUCUCCAGAUAAUCUCAUGAAUCAUGCCUCCAUAGCCAUGAAUCUAUACUACCAAGCUAAAGGAAGGAACCAGUGGAAUUGUGAUUUUAGGUGCUCUGGUCUUAUUGUCAUGACUAAUCCAAGUUAUGGUGACUGCAUCUAUGCAUAA